UCCAUUCCCCUUGCCUGUCAGUCAAGUUCGCUAUUGUUCUUUGUCCUACACCUCUUCAUCCCCCUAUUUAACCUCUUGCUUCUCUCCACAAACUGGACUCUCAAGCGACGUCGACGCUUCAUCAGUCCUUCCUCCCCUGAUAUUACUUGUUCUCCAUGCCCAAAGGAGCUAAGGUCAGCUUUGCUCCUCGACGGGCAAAACCAUACGAGAAGAGGGAGGGAUCUCCCAUUGUCGGCCUCUUGACCCCAUUCUCGAGUUCGCUGCCGCUCGAUGAGCAGGCGAACGAAGGGGGCCCGUCAACAUCGGAAACAGAUUUUAAACCUGAUCAUCGCAAGAACAAGCGUAAUCGUGUUACGCUGUCAUGCUGGCAUUGUCACAAGAAUAAGCGCAAGUGCGAUCGAGGUUACCCCGCCUGCGACCGCUGCAAGGCUCAUAAUAAUGCGGCGGGCUGUGUUUAUGAACAUGAUGUUACUAGACCUUGCCCCGAUCCUCAAGAUGAGCUAGCACGCCAACAGAAGCGGAUUCAUGACCUGGAAACUAUUCUCCGCUUAUAUCGUGGCAAGCAACACGUGGAAGUUCCUCACAGGGAGACAUACGACUGGUGCCUGACCAUCCCCGAGACACUUUGGCACAUCAUGAUGGGCGCCGUCGACAACAUCCGCGAAGUCAAGGCGGCCCUCACCGACGUCGAACCUUUGGAUCAACACCACGAUCGUGUUAAACCACUGCACGACUGGCUAGAUACGCUGGAGCGCAAUGUCUUGGGCGCUAUGACUGAGGCUAAGAAGUCUCGCCGUCUCCGUCCCUCCACGGAUGGGACCCCUGUUCGGGACAAGACGCCAACCUUACCCCUCGGCGAUGCGAUUGAUGCAUCGCAGGACAGCGUACUGUCCAACCAGAUGUCGUCUCCACCGGUGGAAGUCAUGCUGUCCCCGUCGGAUUCGAUCGAGCAAGUCGCGGCUCCAGACAUGUUCCACCAUGUUCCCACGAUGGGGAAGACAGUUAUGGGUAUGUUGACGGCCGACUUGCUUCUAUCCGACAACACCUCAAUGUAUCAGCCCUAUCCACCACCACCACCACCAUACAUGACGCAGGACAUGCUGGGAUUCAACCCGUUCGUGAACCCCUACUUGGAUCCAAUGUAUGGCAACAACCAGUUGCCUGACCAAUUUCCUAUAAUGGAAGGAAUUUGGAACGACAUCGGCGACUCGUUCGUGUCGGCUUGAAGAUUUGCGCUGAAUGGCGAUGUACGACGAUAUCCUUUUUCAACAUCGCCGGUCAAUACGUACACGAGUAUUUGACUGGGUUCUACUCUUGCAUUUUUCAAUUUUGUUUCUAUCUUGCAUUUCUCUUAUCCUUAAGUGUCACGGAGCCGUGACCGUAUGCACCCCAUUUUCUUUCAUCUGGUACACUCUUGACACGUCAAUGCUGGAUAUUCCUCUCGACGUGGUCAAGAUGCGGUUUCUUUCUUACUGGGUCUUCUUUUACUUCUCGAUGUUUCCAGCGGGUUUCUUUCUGGAGAUGGCACCAACAUUUGUAACCUGUACAUUUUUCUUGUUUAACGAUACUGAUACCCUCCGCUAUUGUAUAGUAUGAUCGAAGUUUAACAUUGUAAUGAUAGCAUUGACUGGUCCAAUGCGCUGUUGAUCCCAACCAAAGCAAAGCCUUGUUGGAGCGUUCCGCGGGAAGGGGGGAGGGGUAGAGACAGGUCGAAGUUGCGAGCUGGCACCUUCGGAACCCCCAACAGGGGCUGCGCAGACCAAUUGCUAGGACAAUAACGAGGGUCUGUACAGUACCUAGAAUAGUCAAAGAAAACAUCUGAAAAGAAGACAUGACCCUGAAUGCGAUCGGGUGGAGUGUGCCUCGUGUUCCGUUCUCCGCUCUCUAAUGCUCACUAUACCUAUUCUGGAAGUUUGCAGAACGGCCAACCGAGGCAGCCCGUGAACGGCAUUGGGCAAAGU